GUUAUGUUGAUUUAACCUCUGCCUCUCUCUUCCUCUGACUCCUCCCUUUCUCUCUAUCUAUCUCUCUUUCUCUCUCUCUCUUUCUCCUCAGAUCUCCAGGCUCAAAGCGUCAGUCCACCAGAUCUCCAGGCUCAAAGCGUCAGUCCACCAGCUGAACUCUCAGCCAGACUGGAGGAUGGGACCACUUCCUGUUCUGGGACAAUGGAAGUCUUCUACAGAGGAGAGUGGUUCGGUCUAUGUACUGGGUGGUGGAGCAUAAUGAAAGAGGUUAAGGUUGUGUGUAGAGAGCUGGACUGUGGGAAUCCUGUAGCUGAAUCUAGAGGACCUCUGAUUGAAGAUGGAACAAGAGGAAUCAUACCAUAUGGUUGUAGUGGAGAUGAGUCUUCUAUUAGACAGUGUGACAUCAGAGGAGAACCUGGUUACUGUUUUGGUGGAUAUUAUCAUCAUGUGAUCUGUUCAGAGUCUGUGCGGCUUGUGGAUGGAGCUGGUCUCUGCUCUGGGAGAGUGGAGGUGAAGUCCAAUCAGUCCUGGGCCUCAGUGUGUGAAGCUGACUUUGACCGGCAGGAUGCAGAGGUAGUCUGUAGGGAUGUUGGCUGUGGGGCUCCUGCAGCUCUACAGGGGGGGCUCUAUGGAGGAGGUGGGGGUCAGACCUGGGAUAAAGAGUUCCAGUGUAAAGGUAAUGAGUCCAUUCUCCUGGACUGUGACACCUCAGACAGAGAGAACAACACCUGCCUACCUGGUAAUGCUGUUGGACUCACCUGUUCAGAGCCUGAUGAUGUGAGGCUGGUGGGAGGAGGCAGUCGCUGUGCUGGUGGAGUGGAGGGGUACGACCAGGGAGAGUGGAGGACUGUGGGAGCUUCAGACUGGAACCAGGGGGAUGUAGCUGCAGUUGUGUGUAGACAGCUGGGUUGUGGCUCCACUGUUUCAGUACUACUUGGAAACACCACUAGAGGGUUUAGAGUUAUCUGUUCUGGGUCUGAGUCUUCACUGAGGGAGUGUAGAAGAAUGUAUGAUCUCCAUCCUGGACUCACAGUGAUCUGCUCAGAUCUCCUGGUCCAGCCUGAUAUCUUCCUGACUGACCCAAUGGGAGGGUUUUCAGGGGCCACCAGGGACCUGAGAUAUGACUCCCACCAAGGGAACUACAGCUGUGUUCAUGACAAUUAUGUUUUCUCUCAUAAUUUCUCCUCUGAGAGCGAGCUCCUCUCCCUCACCAUCACAGCCUCUCCUCUGCCAGCCUUCAUCAUCAGACACGUUGUAGUACUGCUGAUCCUACUGACAGCCAUCACCACCUCCUACCUGUACUACAAGCCCACCAGGAGGCAGAAGAGAGUGAACAGGGUGAGCAGCAUGGAUCUUUAUGUCAAUGCCAAGGAGAUGGUCUCUCUGAGCUCCAGAGCUGAAGCUGGACCGGGAGAGGAGAGCAGCCCAGGGGACGGAGUAGGAAUAGAAUGAAGCUGACCCUACAUGCUGAUCUUAGGUCAGUUUUGUGUUUUAAAUCGAUGGUCAGCAGUGGACUGGUGUUUAAAAUGUGGUGACAAACCUGAAGUGGUUCUAAUUUUAAUAACAAGUUCAGAAUUAGUUUCUCUUUCUAGAGCCUUGGACGAAAUUUAAAAGUAGUGACUGCAACCACCAUUAUUCAUUCAGUUUGCUUUUUACCACCAGAGAAACAUGGGGUUUUGGGUAACAUGGGGUUUUGGGCAACAUGGGGUUUUGGGUAACAUGGGGUUUUGGGUAACAUGGGGUUUUGGGUAACAUGGAGAAAGUGAUGUUAUUGAUUAUAAAUGUUAGGAUAUUGGUUAUGAUGUUGCUCUCUAAACUGUCAUGUAAUCAACUGAAUGCUUUUAAUAAAAUUACAGGCUGUCA